GGGGAGGAAGUCUUUGUGGCGUCGUGUCUAUUUUCAGCAGCGUGGAGUGGAGUGGAUGUCCACAUUUCUUUCGUGGAUGUGCGGUGCUUAAGGCCCACUGAGGAUGAGGAUGAUGAUGAUGGUCAGCCUCCGCCUGUAAAUCAACGCUGACAAGGUGUGGGGGAGCGGGGGUCGUGCUGUGGACAUUAUUCAGUCUUUUGAUGAGGUUGUUGGAAAAGAUGUCAGUGAAUGUUUGAAUCAUCAAACUUCCUCUCAUCACCUGGUGGAGGCCCACGGGGAGGGGGGCGGGCGUCGCAGAGGUGUUAUUGUUGUUAUUGCAGUUUAAGGGAUGAGCACAAGCGAGCAAUGCUGCCCCCUCUGGAGACAAUUUGAAUUACUUUGUUAUACAGCGAUGACCUUUGGAUGUUUUGGCUGCCACAGGAAUUGAGGUUUGAUCUUGUGUCGUCAGAUUAAUCAAAUCUAAAUGCGUCCCAGGUGGAGCACCAUGCUGCAGCACAACAACAACAACAACUACCCCUGCCUCAGCAGUUCCCCCCGCGAGGCCCCUCUCAAGUGCUCCUCCGCCUCCCUGCCCCUCCCCAGUAGACUGGAGCUGGGCCUGGGUGACCUGCCGCUCAUUCGGGGGUUGCGAGCUUGGGCCCUGUGCUCCAAGAACCGCCAAAAGGGCGGUGCUCCAGUGGGGGGUGGACAAGCACCGGCAACACCACCUGCCGGCCUGAGGACUUCCUGUUCAAGGCCGGCGGACGUGCACCUGAGCAGAGGGUGGGGCCGCACGGGGUACGGCCUCCCUCUGGACGCCAGGCAGUCGGGAAUCGGCGCUCUGGUGACAGUGGCCACCCUGAAGACGUCUGAAGGCAACGGAAAGACGCAGACUCAGUGUCUCUUUGUCCGCAAUGACAAAGGAAGUUGUUUGUACUCCACAGCUAAGCCCGCCUCCGGUGGGACGACUGGGGCGGGGGGCUGGCUGAGAGGGAAGUCGGGGGCAGUGAGGAGAGACGACGCUUCCACUCUUCAAACGGAGAAUUCAAGUGCGGUCAGAGGUCGAGUGCGGUCAGGCCGGAGAUGGAGGAAGUCUGGUCACGCCGCUGGCCGAGAGAAAAGAGGCAAGGGGGAGGAGCCUGAGGAGGAAGCUGCAAAGAAACAGGAAGUGGGCUUGGAGCGUCUUCCCGGCUCCGAGCAGCAUGACGGGGGGGGCUGUCAGGACAGUGAAAGACUGCCAUGGAGUCCUGGAUUCUGUCAACAUGAUUCCAGCACUCAGGUGGAGGAAGACGGGCUGAGAGGAGGCGUUCCAACAAGGCUGAGCCAGGAGAAAACGCCCAUGAAGAAGCAGCGGGAAGAGGAGGAGGAGGAGGAGGACCCACUUCGUAGGACUGACAUUUUGGAGGGGCCGGACCCUGACCUGGAAUCUAUUCACUCUCAAGCGGAAUGUGGAGGCAGCAAGGACUCAAACAUGAAAGGGGAAAACCAGGACGUCAUCCUUCCUACAGGAGAAGAAGAAGAAGGGAGUGAAGUCACAGGCAGACACACCGAGCCCUCCCAUCCUGCAGGGGACAGCACCUGCAAAGCUGAAAGUGAAGUUCUCCGGGUCGAGAGGGUGCAGGGGAACGCCGAGCUGGAGCGCACUGUGAAGUUAAACACAACACGAGGACACGUGGACGACAACGGCCAUCUUGAGGGGGAACUUUCACAAUUAGAAGUACAGAGAGGAGAUGAUGGCGUUGACAAAGCUGAUUGGACGCUAAAGGGGAGAAAAGAGGGCGGAGUCUCUCCUGUUGCUCCGCGCCUGCAUAAUCCUGUCCCCACCAUGCACCCCACGGGCACCAUGGCAACCACUCUGCCCCGCGUGGACGCAGAAGAAGAAGACAGAGGCCCAGACGGGAGAGAGCUGGCGGGCCGGGAGGAGAAGCAUGGCGAGGAGGAGGAGGAAAAUGACUUUGGAGUGUUCAUGCAGGCAGAGGGAGGAGCAGCGUGGAGCGAGGGCGUCGCCAUGUCUGCCCCAGUGCCUUGUGGGAGCUCAGUUGCAUUUGAGGAGUCAUCUGACUGGAAGCCCACCUGGACAGGAAGCUCGACCCUGCAGUCAGGUGACGCCUGGACCGCCUUUCCUCAGGAUGAGGGUCAGGAUGGGGCAGGACAGUGGUGGCCUGAGGAGGAGAGGAGAGACCGCGAUGAUGAUCACAAUCUGGCGGGUCUCUUUGCGUCAGCAUUCCCCUCGCUGCCCGACCUACCCUCCUGCGACCCCGGUGACCCUGACGUUUUUCCCACACUGACGCAGCUCCUGGGACGAAGCAGCGGUCAGGAGCAGCGGCUUCUGGACGGCUUCCAUGAUUUCAGCAAAAUGAUCGUCCACAGAUACAAACGAGGAAGUGGCGGCGUGUCACGUGAGCUGUUGCUGCGGUCCUUACGCAUGGAGCAGCCCAGCACAGACAGCAGACCAGUCACCUGGUGGGCCAAUCGUCGCCCCUCCCCUGGCCUCCACUCAUCCAACCAGCACGCCCACAGUGCGUCUGCCAAGCGACGGCUGUCAUGCGACUACAACAGAAGCGUCACGGACUGACCUCUUUGACACAUCCUGCCGCUGCUUUCAGAAAGCUGACGCUCACUUCCUGACUCUUUAGUUUGGGAUUUUAUUUGGCGGCACUUUUUAAAAAAGCUGUCGGGACAUCUAAUAAUAACAGCAAGCUGACCUGCACUAUUUUGUUUGACACUGGAAGAACAAUAAAGUUUUCUUUGGGGCUGGGGGGACAUGUUGCAUGUCAAAUCAUAGCUGCACUGUGGCUGCUGUACAGCAGAUGGCGCUGAGGGGCAGCGUGUCACAUGAUCCGAGUCACACGCUGAUGGCAGCGCCUUUAAAUGUUUUUUUUUUUUUCUUGCGACUUUAAACGUUUUUCUUCUUCUUCCAGUCGGUGCCAACAUGGAAAGCCUGAGAGGUCGCUGUUGUUUACAAGGUCAGCCAAGCAGGAAGUGACCUCCUCUCGUUUGCCCCGGGAAACUACCGAAUUUUCAAAUGCAAAUGUUGACAGGUACGGCACGGAUUCGCUGCGCUCCACUCCUCUAUGUUGUCGUCUCCAAGCUGUCAAUCAAAUAGCGUCGCUAUGGCAACACUCUUAGUUCGUUGAUCACUCCAUGUGUCAAUGCUUUGUGUGUGUAAGAUUUUGUCACGUGUUUCGACCAGGAAGGAAUUAACGUCAUAAAUGAAUCGAUAAAUCAAUCAAUAAAUACAUUGAUACUG